AUGGAAUUGAGUGCGGAAGAAUUUGUGGAGCAACUUUUAACAAAGGAAGCGGAGGAGCAGCCUUGUGACAAUGUAAAACCUGAAGAAUUAGUCAUUGAACUACCAAAGGAUUUUGAUGAAAACAAAUUUAACCAAGGUCGGCAGUUCUAUAUGGAACACUGCUUCUCCUUAUCUUCUUCGAUGUUGAUUGGUUUAGUGGCAGUGUUUUCCAUACCCUCUAUCCUGAAAAUACUGAUGGGUACCCGGCGCUCUAACUCCGUAUAUACAGCAUACAAGCGCUAUCUCGCGACGCUUCUUCAUACUGUAUCCUGGUUCGAGCAUGAACUGAAGCCCGGUAGCGUAUCCUGGAAGUCGUUGUACUCAGUGCGCAGAUGGCAUUUGCAAGCAGGCAUGGCGAGUAAACUGAAAGGAACUGGCGUGCUAUCACAGAGGGACAUUGCCCUCACACAAUUUGGCUUUAUUGGUUACUCCAUGCUAAGGCCUGACAAUCUCGGCGUCCGGCAGCUUAGGGAAGGUGAUUGGGAUGCCUACAAUUACUUCUGGAGGACAAUAGGACAUAUGAUCGGGCUGGAAGAUAGAUAUAACAUCUGUCGACCAACUUUCUAUGAAACUGUAGAAGUGUGUCAGGUACUACAAGAUCGGGUAUUCAUUCCAUGUUUGGAAAACGUGCCGGAAUACUUCGAACAUUUAUCCAGAGUGAUGCUCGACGGUUUAUGGUCUGUCAACCCCACUGUCGAAACGGAUGGUUUUCUGUACAUGUGCCGGCAUUUUACCGGAGUUCCCGGCUAUAUUUACACAGAAAGUGACAGGAUUAAACUCCAGUUGAGUCUCAAGAAAUGCUUAAAAGGAAAAUCUAUUGAUACAGGUGUAGACACGAAAGAAUUAAUGAGACCUGCGGCAGUUCAAGGGCUCCCCGACCUGCCACCACGACUCUUGUACUACAAAGAUUAUGAAACUAUAGAAACGGCUCCCGCUUAUAAAGCACUCAGCUUAGUAGCAAAAUUUAAACUGUUUUUAUUCCAUCUGUACAUGUACUUCUACACCUCAUAUAUUGGCCGACUGUACUUCAAUUUGAACUUUAAGUUUAGCUUGUUUUUGAUGAGAUACUUUCCUUACAUAGCAUUCUUCAGAUUUGGCAUUAAAAAGUCGCUUGUUAACCUGUCUCAGGAGGGUCCUUCUGAUGAUACGGUGCCCAAGAAGAAUGCCGAGUAUUAUAAGAAAGAACCGAAGAUAUGGUACGAAUCAAUAUUGAGUUGGAUUUUGUAG